CCUCCCUUAUCACACCCCAUAUCUCACUUCUCUUCUAUCCCCCGCAGCUCUAUCUCUCCUCCUCCUCCACCGCUCCAUUCUCCUGCCUUUCCAUUCCUCAUUUUCUCUCUUCUCCUCUCUUUCUCUCUGCUCUGCAACCUGCUUAUCUCAAUCUCCAGGAUACGCUAAGCAGGCUGAGACGCUUCGACGGAAUCAAUGGCGCCCAAGGGCGGUCGUGGCAAAUCGAAGGCCGAGAAGAAGAAGAAAGAAGAGAAAGUUCUUCCUCUAGCUUUGGACAUCACAGUUAAGCUCCCUGACGAGUCUCAGGUUAUUCUCAAGGGUAUUUCGACGGACAGGAUUGUGGACGUACGGCGUCUUCUAUGCGUGAACACCGUCACCUGCUGCCUCACGAGCUACUCUGUAUCGCAUGAGGUUCGAGGGCCGAGAUUGAAGGAUACGGUUGACGUGGCCGGGUUGAAGCCCUGCGUCCUCACACUCGUCGAAGAGGACUACGACGAGGACGGGGCCAUCGCGCACGUGAGGCGUCUGCUGGACGUUGUUGCGUGCGUCUCCUACUUCGGUGCCGCAUCUUCGCAGAAGGAUGGCGCCGGCGCGGCGCCCAAAGAUGGGAAGAAGGAAAGCGCCGGUGGCGGCGACGGAGGAGGUGGUGAAACCGCCGGGAGUAAGCAGAAUCCUCCACGGAAGGACGCGACGGCUGAGGUGGAGGCGGAGAUUAGCGGAGCGUGCCCGAGGCUCGGUGCAUUCUACGAGUUCUUCUCCCUCGCGCAUCUCGCACCUCCUCUCCAAUUUGUAAGGAGGACGACGAGAAUACGGCAGGAUGAUCAGCAGCCUGAGAAGGAUCACCUGUUUUUCCUCGAAGUAAAGCUUUGCAAUGGUAAGCUGGUUUUGGUGGAAGCAUGUGCGAGGGGUUUCUACAGCGUUGGGAAACUGCGAAUUCUUUGCCAUGAACUUGUUGAUCUUCUAAGACAGCUUAGUAGGCCUUUCGACAAGGCUUAUGAAGAUCUCAUGAACGCAUUCUUGGAGAGAAAUAAGUUUGGUAAUCUUCCUUAUGGAUAUCGUGCUAAUACAUGGCUCGUUCCACCAUUUUCUGCACAAUCACCCACAACAUUUCCUCCCCUCCCCACAGAGGAUGAAACAUGGGGAGGUAAUGGUGGCGGAUGGGCUAGAGAUGGCAAAAGUGAUUUAAUUCCUUGGGCUAGUAAGUUUCGGUUUAUUACAGCUAUGCCUUGCAAAACUACAGAGCAAAGACAGAUCAGGGAUAGGAAUGCUUUCCUGCUUCAUAGUGUGUUUGUAGAUGUUGCCAUCUUUAGAGCAAUUGCAGCAAUCAAGCAUGUUAUUGAAGUGAACCGUGUGAUACCAUCACUUGAGGAAAAAGAAAUUCUACACCUUGAGAUAGUUGGAGAUUUUAGCGUCACUGUUUUCAAGGAUGCUUCAGAUGCAAGCCAAAAGGUAGAUACAAAGAUUGAUGGGACCAGAACAACAGGAAUGGACUGUAAACAUCUGGCAGAGAGAAACUUAUUAAAAGGAAUCACUGCAGAUGAAAAUACAGCAGCCCAUGAUGUUUGCACUUUAGGUGUUGUCAACAUAAGAUACUGUGGUUAUGUUGCAGUUGUUAAAGUUAACUACGAAGAAAGAUUGGAAGCAGAUCGCCCAUUAGAAACUCUUGAUAUAGAGGACCAGCCUGAAGGAUCAAAUGCUUUGAACAUUAACAGUUUGAGGAUGCUUCUUCACAAAGGCCCUGCAUCUGAAUACAAGCGAACAUCAAAUCCUUCAAAGACUUCCAGACCUGAAGAACAAUCUGCUGCUCAAGAUUUCAUAGAGAAAGUGCUCAUUCAGAGUCUAGCAAAGCUUGAAGAAGAAGAAAUUGAUAAAAGUAUCUUCUUUAGAUGGGAACUUGGGGCCUGUUGGGUACAGCAUUUGCAGGACCAAAAAAAUGCUGAGAAAGAUAAGAAACAAGCUGGUGAUAAGGACAGGAAACAUGCUGUUGAAAAAGGAAGAAAUGAAACCAAGGUUGAAGGCCUCGGAAAACCUCUUAAGAUUCUUAGGAAUUCCAAGAAGAAACAAGAUGUGAAUGAGGAAAACGGUAAAGCCAUUGAUAGAAAAUCUUCAGACAUAGAAGUUGCGGGUGAGGUCCAAAAUUUCAAGAGCAUUGAUACUCUAAAAGAGUCAAAAUCAACUGAGAGUCAAUGCACACUCAAAGACCUGUUACCUGAUUCAGCAUUUAUGAGAUUGAAAGAUUCUGAAACAGGACUUCAUCUUAAGUCUCCACAGGAAUUAACAGAUAUGGCUCUCAAAUUUUACGAUGAAGUUGCUCUUUCCAAGCUGGUCGCAGAUUUCGGUUCAUUGGAACUCUCACCGGUUGAUGGUCGGACACUUACUGAUUUCAUGCACACCAGAGGCCUGAGAAUGCGAUCUUUAGGCCAAAUUGUAAAGCUGUCAGAGAAACUGUCACAUGUGCAAUCUCUUUGUAUUCACGAGAUGAUUGUAAGAGCUUUCAAGCACAUUUUGCGAGCUGUAAUUGCCGCUGCUUCAGAAACUGGGGACUUGGCUUUGUUGAUAGCUGCAACUCUUAACUUGCUUCUUGGCAUUCCCGAAACUGGGAAUAUGGUUCAUGCUCCUGAAGUUCAUCCUACUGUUUGGAAAUGGUUGGAGGUGUUCUUGAAGAAAAGAUAUGGAUGGGAACUUACUGCAGCAAAUUAUCAUGAUGUGAGGAAGUAUGCUAUUUUAAGGGGGUUAUGCCAUAAGGUGGGCAUUGAAGUUGCACCCCGAGACUUUGACAUCAAUUAUUCUUUGCCCUUUAACAAAUUAGAUAUAAUUAGUUUGGUACCCGUGCAUAAGCAAGUUGCAUGCUCAUCGGCAGAUGGGCGUCAGCUAUUGGAAUCAUCAAAAACAGCUCUUGAUAAGGGCAAACUUGAAGAUGCUGUCAGCUAUGGAACAAAGGCAUUGGCAAAGUUGAUAGCAGUGUGUGGUCCAUACCAUCGGAUGACAGCUGGAGCUUACAGUCUUCUUGCUGUUGUUCUCUACCAUACUGGUGACUUCAAUCAGGCCACAAUUUAUCAACAAAAGGCAUUGGAUAUUAAUGAGAGAGAGCUAGGAUUGGAUCACCCUGAUACGAUGAAGAGUUAUGGUGACUUGGCUGUUUUCUAUUAUAGGCUUCAGCAUACAGAACUGGCUCUGAAGUAUGUGAAGCGUGCGUUGUAUCUUCUUCAUCUCACUUGUGGCUCUUCUCACCCAAACACAGCUGCUACAUAUAUCAAUGUUGCAAUGAUGGAAGAAGGCCUAGGAAAUGUGCAUGUCGCACUUAGAUAUCUCCAUAAAGCUUUAAAAUGCAACCAGAGGUUACUUGGUCCUGAUCAUAUUCAGACGGCAGCAAGUUACCAUGCUAUAGCCAUUGCACUCUCCCUAAUGGAAGCAUAUCAACUGAGUGUUCAGCAUGAACAAACAACCUUGCAAAUUCUUCGAGCAAAACUUGGACCUGAUGACUUACGAACUCAGGAUACUGCUGCCUGGCUUGAGUACUUUGAGUCCAAGGCAUUUGAGCAACAAGAAGCUGCACGCAAUGGCACCAAGAAACCAGAUGCAUCUAUUGCCAGUAAAGGCCACCUAAGUGUAUCUGACCUGCUUGAUUAUAUAAAUCCAAGUCAAGAAAUCAGGGGAAGGGAUGCUGAGUCCAUAAGGAAGAGAAGCCUCAGUUGGAAGGUGAAAAACCGGUCCUCCCAGAACUUGAAUUCACCUGAUUUGGAUGGAUCUUAUGUAACUUCUGAGUCAACAAAUAAAGAUGAAGUAGAGCUAGUAAACGAACUCCUAGAUAGAGACCCUGAGAAACAGGCUCAUUCUGUAUGUUUUGAGCAUGAACAUGAUUGUUCGGUGUUGGAAAAGGACAUUAAAGCUGUCAGGCAGUCUGAAGUAGCUUCUGAGGAGCAACAUGACGCUGCUAAUAAAAUUCAAACAGAAGAAAGUAUGGAUGUGGAAGAAGGUUGGCAACCUGUUCCAAGGUCAGUAGCAUCAGGCAGACAGAGACUCAAACAACGUGCACCAGUUAAUGGGAUAUCAAAUAACUAUCAAAGAGAUGCUCCAAUUGAACCCGCUCAAACCAAACCAAGAUAUUCUUAUUCUAGUAGCCGCUAUUAUGUAUUAAAGAAGAGAACUGUAGUCCCUAGUAGUUAUGCUGAUUAUUACCACUCAAAAACUCAAUCACCGGGUACUAGAUUUGGUCGUAAGAUAUACAAGACCGUGGCAUAUAGAAUAAAGUCAGCAUCAUCUAGCAUCAACGAGACAGCAAAUAUUGCUAAAUUUCGCAAUGAGAAAACAAAAUCACUGGUAGACAAUGAUAAUAAUUUGUUAUCGGUUGAUAUGAAUGGUCAGAGGAAUUUGAUGAGUGAGGUUUUAGAGUCACAGAAUAAUGUGAUUGUUAGCCUUGGAACCUCUCCAUCCUAUAAGGAUGUGGCUUUGGCACCCCCAGGAACAAUAGCUAAAAUUCAGAUCUGGAAGGAUCCAAAGUCCAAAGACCUUAAUCAGAAGUCGCCAACAAGAGAAGAUGAACCAGAGGUCAAUGAGUUAUUAUUGACAGAGAAUUCUGUAGAAGAGUCCCAUGUACCAGUUGAUUUGACAAACAUAAGCCAAGAGAAAGAAGACCCGCACAACUCAGUACUUGGUAGUACCCCAAUUAAUUCCGAAAGCCUCACCGAAGAGAAAGAUGAGAGUACUCCAUAUCCAUUGUUUACCUUAGAGAAUGAGGUGGAAGAUACGUAUAAAGAAGAAAAAUCCCUGAACAAUGGCGACAGAGAAAGCAACUCUGCAUUUUUUUCUUCAGACGUAGAAGUGGCUUCAUUUGGGGGUAUGCUCAGUGAGAUUGUUCCAGACUCUAUUAUUUCCAGUGACGCAAUUCAUGAGGAGAUUUGCAGGAGUGAUCACAAUGUUGAUAGCGCAUCUUCUGAUGUUGAUAAUUGUGAAAUAUCUGAGGUCUCAGUUUCUGAUGAGUCAACAGAAAAAUGUCUCAUGGAUGUGCUAUCUAGUAGCAUUGAGCCAAAUGUGAAUGCUAGUUUUCACGAGGGUCUUCAAAAUGUUAAUCCUCCAAGCAAUGCUGAUAGUUAUGAUGACAAGGGAAGGUUGUUAUUGGAUAUAGGUGAAGUAAGAGAGCCUAACAAGAAAAUGUCUGCCUUGUCUGCCGCUGCAGCACCCUUCAACCCAUCUCCCACAAUUGUGCUAAGUCCUAUUCCUAUGAAUGUUAGCCUCCCCUCCAGUCCCAUUGCAGCUGUCGCACCAUGGCCUUUGAAUUCCACCCUUCAUCCAGGGCCACCCUCUAUCAUGCCUACAGCGCCUGCUAUUUGUGGUUCUCAUCACCCCUAUUAUCAUCCAGCUCCUCGUCCCCCUAGUAUCAUACCUCCUUUGUCAUUUAUUUAUCCUCCAUAUAGUCCACCAUAUAGUCAACCUCAACCUAUACCAAGCAGCACAUUUGGUAUGAACAGUAAUGUGUUUCAUCCAAACCAUUUUUCUUGGCACUGUAAUAUGAAUCCAAGUGCAUCUGAGUUCAUGCCAGGAACUAUAUUGCCUGGCUGUCAUCCUGUGGAAUUCUCUGUUACAUCAACUGUUGCCAAUCCUAUUUCUGAUGCCACAUUAGAAAUAAUUAAUCAAUCUGAUAAUGCUAAUAUUAAAUCGUCACCUCAGGGGGACAGCAAUGUUGGAGAAACAUCCCAGAAAGAACUAGGUGAAGCAUCUGUUCCGCAGAGUGAGAUUAUGGUCCCACAGGAUUUAGAAGCAGUGAAACAAGAAUCUGUGGAAACUCAUGGGCCUUCUGACACUCAAACAGAGCCAAAGCCUACGGUAUCUUUGAAAGAACAUGCUGAUUCUAUCAGUGAGAAGCAGAGUAAUAAAAAAUAUGAGCGUGAUGGUAGCUUCAGCAUAUUCGUUAAAGGAAGAAACCGUAGAAAGCAAUCUCUAAGAUUGCCUAUUAGUUUGCUCAAUAAGCCAUAUGGUUCACAGUCAUUUAAGUGCAUUUAUAACCGAGUUGUUAGAGGAAGUUAUGUGGCCAGACCAACUGAGAUAUCUCAAAACGAAGCUCCCAUGCCCAGCAUUUCAUGAUCAGGCUAUGUCACUGUGGUCAGCUAUAGAAGAAGGAUAUGUGGAAAGCCCCAUUAUUCUCAUUUGGAAGCUAGACAACUUUACAAUUGACAUCUGGUUUUAAUUUCCUUAAGCUACAUUACUGUUUUCUUCUCAGCACAUUUUUACAAAUUAGUACGUGAGAUCUGAAUGAGCUUGCAGAAAACAGCACAGGUGUACUACACUAAUUUGGUCUUUGCAAAGUAUUUUGUUUGGAUGCAACUUACCUGAAUUUUAAAUCAGGUUAAAUUUUUGAUCUGUGGAGGUGUAGAGAGGUUAACUGUUAGAGAAACGGGACAGAGCUUUGACUCUUUUUUUUUUUUUUUUAUAACUUGAGAAUUAGUUUCAAUUCAUUGAUUGGCCCUUCCCCUGUGAUUUGCCUUUCAAUUUUCACUGACUAAUAAGGUGUAAUAUCUCAAUAAUGAUGUCCACUUUGCCUUACAUUUGUUCAGAUACAAUUAAUUUUGCAUUUAGUAGGAAAAUAAAAAAAACACUUCUAAUUUCUUCAC